CGUCCAAAGCGUGUUUGCUUUUUUUUUUAUUUUUAUUACUUUCCCACGAGAAAUGGAAAAUAAUUAAUUUUCUAUUUUUCUAUAUAUAUAACCAUUUCUUCAAGAAUUCAAUUCUCCUCGUCUCUAUCUUCAUAUUCCAACAACAAAAUCAUCCAUUUGAUCGUUGUUAUUAGAAGCUGAUAAACCAUGGGGGGUGGAAAAGAUAAACAUGAUGAAUCUGACAAAGGUUUAUUCUCCCAUCUGGCUCAUGGUGUUGCUCAUGGAGCUGGAUAUCCUUCCCAUGGAUACCCACCUCCUGGUGGGUAUCCACCCCCUGGAGGGUAUCCCCCACCCGGAGGAUAUCCUCCUUCUCAUGGCUAUCCACCCCAAGGAUAUCCCCCAGCUGGCUACCCUCCGGGCGCAUAUCCUCCUGGUGCUUAUCCUGGACCCUCUGCUCCACACCAUUCAGGGCACGGUGUAGCAGGAAUGCUCGCCGGAGGUGCUGCAGCUGCAGCAGCGGCAUAUGGAGCUCAUCAUGUGGCCCAUAGCGCCGGUCAUUACCCCCAUGGUGUUGCUCAUUAUGGUCACGGUCAUGGUGGAAAAUUCAAGCACCAUGGGAAGUUCAAGCACGGAAAGUUUGGGAAACACAAACAUGGGAAACACGGCAUGUUUGGUGGUGGAAAAUUCAAGAAGUGGAAGUGAUUUUCCAGCCAUCUCUUUUCACCGAGCCUUCUUCGUCGGUUGAUUUCAAGAAUGGUGUCGGUGCAGAUAGCGAGCGGCGUUGCCAUCUUCUUUCUCUAAUUUCCAUAAUGUCUUAAGACUCUGAAUUUCGUAUCUACUCUUAUUGUCUCAACUACCUUUCUAAUGGCUUGUGUACUCCUUUUACUCUUCGCUGGUUGGACAUUAAUAAUCUGGAUCCAUCUUUCCAGUUUUCACCUUA